AUGUUUCAACCGAUUUCUUUUGUAACUAUAUUUUUGAAGCCAGAGAGCAGAAAUAGAAACUCUACAGAUUUAUCACAAUCCGAAGUAUCUGAAACGCAUCCCAUGAAACCUGAUGAAAGAGACACAGCCAUAAUUUCACCAGUACAAGCACUUUUCCCAAAAUCCUCUUUAAAACAGGCAUAUGAAGAUAGAAAUAUAUCAUCGGCUCAAACCCUGUUGCUGAACGUGAAGAAAGAGAAUGAUAACAGGGAUACUUCUGCGGAAAUACAAUUUAUCAAAGAAAUAGAUACGAAUACGGAAGCAGUGUCGACAUUGUCGCGAAUAUUUCCAAAAGAAGAGUGCAGUAAUACAGAUAUUAUAGAUUUAACAUCUAUGGACUAUCCAGUGCCAACAACGUCGAAAACAGUAUCGGUUUGUACACCACCAUCAAAAACAGUAUCGAUUUGUACAACGUCGAAAACGGUAUCGGUUUGUACAACGUCGUCAAAAACAGUUCAUACAACGCACCAAAAUGGUGACAAGACAUCAAAAAGAAGACAUUGGAAUAUUUCGACACAGACACCAGAAUCUUGGGUUCGAGGGAAGAGAUCUAUGGAAAAAUCUGAGAUUUGUGACGACAAUUUGGUCGCAAAGCGAAGGAAAACAUCCAAUGCGGAAAACGAAGAUAAUCGCCUGAACAUGAAUCAAUUUAAAACGGCGUGUACAGACUUACUACCAAGUAAUUCCGCCAUGUUAGUCUCAGCGUGCAUCAAUGCUUGCGAGAAGCCUAAGACUAAAAAGAACUUUAAGGAUAAGCAACUCGCGCUCGAGUUAUUCUUCAUGGCAUCAGGUGCAUACAGAUUUUACCGGCCGUUAUGCUUGCUGCCUACAACUCGUCAGCUGUGGAGACACAUCCGCAAUUGGGAUAUGCUGCCCGGCUUGAAUGACAAUGUGCUUAAUGCAUUGCGUUUGAAGAUCAAGUCACUACCGUCGACGGAGAGACAUUGUUCCCUGUCUGUGAACGAGAUGCGACUUAGGCCACAUCUCUUUUACAAUCUGACGCGCGACAAAAUCGUCGGUUUCCACGAUACCGGUGCAGAGAAGCGACGCACGUUAGCGAGAAAGGUUUUGGUGAUAAUGGCAUGUAGUUUGGAUGGCAACUGGGAACAGCCUAUCGCCUAUUACUUUCACAGUAACACGUGUCGCACCGAUAUCUUGAAGAAUCUGAUAUUCCAAGCAAUAAUUAGAUUAAAGAGCAUCAAUGCGACCGUGCAUGUUUUAAUUACCAAUACAUCACCAACGUUUCUGCGACUAACACGACUACUAGGGAUUUCUGCGGAACGCCCGUCAUUCCUGGUGAACAACGAAUGA